ACAAUAAGGUUCACCCACGGGUCCGAAUCGCAAAAAGGAGGAAACCCCUAAUCCCACCCGCUCCUGCCCUCCCCCAACACCAGCAGCGGCGGCGCCGACGAGCCACCACCGAGUGCAAUGGCGAGCUCCGCGCUGAGGCGGUCUAUCCCGCGGUGUACCUCGCUCCGCCACUCCAUUCCUCCCCACCUGCCGCCCGCAGCUGCCGGCGCCUUCCGUCGUUCGUUCCAGUCUGGGGAUGGUGGGGAGACCGUGGAGGAAUUCGAUGAACGGCUGUUUGGGAGCAAGGGCACAGAAGAAGGGUCUCUCUAUGCGAGGCUUGACAGGGCUGAGAAUGCUAGUAGGAGAUACGGCAUGGGCUCUGGAAUAGGUGGUUUCGCCGGGUUGGGUGAUAGGAAGAGCUCUGGGUCAUCCAUGGGUCGUUUCCCUGGGUUCAAUGACAGGAGCGGCUCUGGGUCAGCCAUGGGUGGUUUUGGUGCGCUUAGCGACAAGAGCAGGUCUGGGUCCAUUGGUUUAUAUGAUUCUUCGAAUGAUAGUAUAAAUCAGACGCUGGGUAAUGUGGCACGCUUCCAAACGGAUGACGACAACAACGAAGAUGACGAGUGGGAAGAGGAAGAUUUUGACUUCAGGCCUGAUGUGACGUAUAGGCGAGGAUCGACUUAUUCUGUUCGGGACCUUGACCUUACAAGACCUGCAGCCGCAAAGAAUCCUCCUAGACCACAGUUUGAAACAACUACAGCGGAGGUUUUGAGGAAGGCUGAUUUUAGGGGGCCAACCAACCACCUUAACUCCCUGGACUCUCCCAACUUUUAUAAAGUGACAGAAAGAGAGUUUAACAGAAGAGAAAAGGAGCACCGCGCCACAGUUCCAACAAUUACACAACCAGCCAAUAGUACAAAAGCUUCAAGGAAACCGAUCUUUAAGUUUCUUAAGAGAACUUCAGAGCUCUUCAAGUGGAAGCAUCUCCCUGUCCAUCUAAAUCCUCAUCUGGCAGCAAUCUUGACGUCUCGGCAUCCUUCUUCUGACGCUUCAGGAUCUGGUUUGCAAUCUGUAACAUGGUGUUCACUCCAUCUUCAAGUUGCUCCUUGUCAGCUUCACAGUAAAGACCUGCCGAGUAUUUCAUCAGAGCACAUACAUGGUAUAUGAUUUGCAUAGGGUCCUUGAUGAUGGUUUUCUCAAAACAUGCUUUGUUUCGCGCUUUCCAGAUGGCCCAGCACACCGCUGCAAUCCCACAUAAAUGAAAUUUCCUGCCAAAUGGUAACCAUUUCUCACACCAAUUCCAACUGUGAUCAAGAUUCCUUGGAAUAUUUGUUGCUCCAAAGCAUAAAGCUAUCACAGCCCAAACAGAUUUGGCUACAGAACACUGAAAAAAGAGAUGAGAUAUAUUCUCUGUACAAUUGCAAAAGUAACAUUCAGGAUUUCCACUCCACUUCCUUUUAGUCAAAUUGUCCUUGGUUAAAAUUGCAUUAUUAACCAUAAGCCACAUAAAAAUCUUAAUUUUCAAUGGCACUUUGCCUUUCCAAAUCAGUUUAUGAUAUGGGCCAGCAUCUGAACUUGUCAAUGAUUUAUACACUGAUCUGACUGAAAAUCUUUUGUUCUUCUCUAGAGACCAAAUAACUUCAUCCGGUUCAUUUUCAAGUUUGAAUGUGGUGACUUCGCACCAAAUUUGCUCCCACCAAAUUCUCAAUUCAUCAGGCAACCAUCUUCUAAAAGUAAUUUGCACCUCAGCACUUCUAACCUUUUGUACAGUUAUCUCUUUACAUUCACAAAGUUCAAACAUUUCUGGAACUACAAUGCAUAAGGGUUGCUGAUAAAUCCAUCUGUACCUAAUAGAUAGAAAUCUUUGAUUUUAAGCAAAUCAGACCACAUAGAAGAAUCAGAUAACUUGUGUUUAACAUUAUGAAUGUUAUCUUUCCGCAAAUAUUUGUAAUUGAUCAAUUUCUGUCAUAAGCCUUCUUCUUUUUCUAGCUUCCACCACCACUUACAUAGUAGACUUAUGUUCAUUUUCCUCAAGUUUUUGAUUCCCAAACCGCCUUUCCUUUUACGUUUGCAAAUCUUUUCCCAUUUUACAAGAUGAUACUUUUUCCUCGUUCUACCUCCCUGCCAGAAAAAUUUUCGUCUAAUUUGAUCUAGCUUUUUAACAAUCGUUUUAGGUAAGAGGUAUACAGACAUGUGAUAAAUUGGAGAGUUGUUCAGACUGGCACUAAUUAAGGUAGAUCUCCCAGCAAUUGACAUACACCCACCUUUACACACAUCUAGUUUCUUGAAACUCUUAUCUAUUAAAGGUUGCCAAUCAGCAACAUGAAGUCGACUUGGGCUUACAGGUACUCCUAAAUAUUUAAUAGGAAACUGACCAAUUUGACAGUUAAAAAAGCUCAGCAUAUUUUUGACCCCAACUUUCCUCAUCAUUUAUCAUAAUGA